GCGGUCCCGACCCAGGUCGCUGGGCGGUGGCGUCAGCUGCGCGCCCGCCGGCAGGGAAAAAGCCGGUUGCUGGGGGAGUGAGGAAGAAAGGGAGGGACCCGAACACGGAAGUGGUGGCGGCGCCGGCGAAGCAGGUGGAGGCGGUGACUGCGACGUCUGAGAUGAGAACCCCGCACCGAAGGGCGGAGGCUUGCAGGCAGGCAUCCGUCUUAGAGGACCUACAUGAGGUGCCGGAGUGGUUGGGUCUCCCUUCUCCAGCUUAGCGAGCACCCAGAGUGAUGGCGGUGGUGAUGGCGGCAGUUACUCGGACAGACCCAGUUAAACUGCGCUCCGAGAGAUAUAUCCAGAAAAUGCCCAGAAGAAACAUUCUACCGGAAAAACUGAAAGAGCAGUAUUUAUAACACUGGAAUUUGUGGACAGUUUGUUAAAAUGGCAGAAAGUAGUGAAAGUAAUAGUAAAAAUGUAGAUGUAAGGCCCAAAACUAGUCGGAGUCGAAGUGCUGACAGAAAGGAUGGUUAUGUAUGGAGUGGAAAGAAGUUAUCUUGGUCAAAAAAGAGUGAAAGUUGUUCAGAUGCUGAAACAGUGAGUGCUAUAGAGAAAACUGAAGUUCCUUUAAGGAGCCAAGAAAGGAAGCACAGCUGUUCAUCUAUCGAGUUGGAUUUAGAUCAUUCCUGUGGGCAUAGAUUUUUAGGCCGAUCUCUUAAACAGAAACUGCAAGAUGCUGUGGGGCAGUGUUUUCCAAUAAAAAAUUGUAGUAGUCGGCACUCUUCAGGGCUUCCGUCUAAAAGAAAAAUUCAUAUCAGUGAACUCAUGUUAGAUAAGUGUCCUUUCCCACCUCGAUCAGAUUUAGCCUUUAGGUGGCAUUUUAUUAAACGACACACUGCUCCUAUAAGUCCCAAAUCAGAUGAAUGGGUAAGCACAGACUUGUCUCAGACUGAAUUGAGGGAUGGUCAACUAAAACAACGAAGAAACAUGGAAGAGGUCAACUGCUUCUCACAUACCAGUGUUCAGCCCUGUGUCAUAACCAAUAACGAUUCUUCGGGUAGAGGUGGUCCUGGGACUGGCUCUAUAAUAAACCUGGCUUCAGAUAACAGUAUAGAAGAUAGUGAUAUGGAUUCAGAUGAUGAAAUUAUAACACUUUGCACAAGUUCCAGGAAAAGAAACAAACCCAAAUGGGAAAUUGAUGAAGAAACCCUGCAACUGGAAACACCUCCUAAGUACCAUACCCAGAUUGAUUAUGUCCACUGUCUUGUACCAGACCUCCUUCAGAUCAAUAAUAAUCCAUGUUACUGGGGCGUUAUGGAUAAAUAUGCAGCUGAAGCUCUACUAGAAGGAAAACCAGAGGGUACCUUUUUACUGCGAGAUUCAGCACAGGAAGACUAUUUAUUCUCCGUUAGUUUUAGACGCUAUAGUCGUUCUCUUCAUGCUAGAAUUGAACAGUGGAAUCACAACUUUAGCUUUGAUGCACAUGAUCCUUGUGUCUUCCAUUCUCCCGACAUUACUGGGCUCCUAGAGCAUUAUAAGGACCCGAGUGCCUGUAUGUUCUUUGAACCACUUUUAUCCACUCCUUUAAUUCGGACUUUCCCCUUUCCCCUGCAGCAUAUAUGCAGAACAGUUAUUUGUAACUGUACAACUUAUGAUGGCAUUGAUGCCCUUCCAAUUCCUUCUUCCAUGAAAUUAUAUCUGAAAGAGUAUCACUAUAAAUCAAAAGUUAGAGUACUCAGGAUUGAUGCACCAGAACAACAAUGCUAGGAAAAGGGUAGGAACACGGGAAUGAUUAUAUACAUAUUUUCAUUUAAUAUUUUAUUUUUCUUAUUAUGCCACUUUGAAUUUUUUCUACAGGGGCAGUUGAAGUCCAAAAUAAACUUAUGCCCUAAAUUUUACUUCCAGAUCAGUUUAUUUUUCUUAGGAUACAAUAAUUGUUUAACAAUAAUAAUUGUUUAAUAAUUGUUACACACUAGGAGUUAAUGGAUAUUUUUGACUAGGUGUUUGGUUUUUGUUUUUACCAUGUAGAUUGUAUACUUAAUUUUUUUCUUUUCUUAACUGUAAUUUGCAUAUGAUCCAGGGAUAUUUGAAGUUUGGUAGGCAUUGCAAACACAGUUAAAUAAUCUGUAUUUCAUACUUUUCUUUAAAAAUAAUCCUGUCCUUACAUAUAAAAUGCUUUGUUAACCUAUGCCAUUGGCAUUCCUAUACAUAAGAUAUAGUUUCCCCAUCAGCCUUUUCAGUUGUUUUAAAAGUCCUCAGUAAAGCUGAGUGUGUUGUAAUUUACAAUCCAUAGUAAUGUAAUUGACUUUUAUAAUUUACUUAUAGGGAUGUUAAAGGUUAGCAAAAUGGCUUAAAAUCAAACUUCAUGUGUUUUCAUUUUAAAUAUUAACUGUAAAGCAGAAUUACUAAAUUUGAUUAAUCAGGUCAGUAAGAAUCAAAUGAGGACAUGAUAUUUUGGGGGUGAAUUUAUUCUUCUAUAAUGUGGCAUGGUCAUUUAUUAUUCCUUGAGUAGCUCUUUCUGUCACACUUGGAAGAGUUACCAUCUUAAGAACAUAAGUAUUGUUCCUUUCUCACUGGAAGUUUUAAAAAUAAUAAUAACACUAUUAGUAACUAGUAGUUACUAAAGUGAUAAAGCAACUGAGGUUUUUCUGUAUUUACUUAUGAACUGUUGCUUCUGCUUAGCUCUGUUUUAGAAACUCUGAGCCUGUUAGUUUGGAGAGAUGCCACAGUUUAUAUAAACAGCCACAAAUUUCCAUUGGUAACCAAAGAGACCUAGGUAGUUUUUCAUUAUUUUAAAUUGAGCUUGAAUAAAGAUUCAAGAAGUAAACAUGGAGCUCAGUAUUCAGGGAGCUUAAUAUUGGUUUUGAUCUUCAGGUUUCAGAUAAUUAUUCCUAUUUUCAGAACUAACAUGUCUUUAGUAUGGCUUCAAAAAAAGGGAAACAUUUUGAGAGCUACAUGGCUUAUGCCAUACUGAACAAUACUGGGCACCAGGCGUAAUAUUUUGAAUUUAACAUCCCCAGAACGGGGAAGUAUUUUUAGAAAUGUUAUAUAAUAAGAUAGAUGGAAUGAUAGCCUACUCUUCUUUUUUAAAGAAUCAGUGAAUAAUAAAUUUCCUAGACAGUUAUUCCUUCUGGUGAGUUGUCUACCCCUUUGUACAAGUUGGCAUUUUUAAUAUCAUAGUAACUGAUUUCUUGAUGCUAGUUUAGCUCUAGUAGGAAGCUGCUUCUACCUGGAUUGAAAGAAAUUUGACUCAGAUUUCCACGUUAGAAUAGAUGUUUCUUAAGUAUCAUUGCUUUUAUGUUGAAGUAGCAUUUCCCUUUCCUGCAGUUCUGCUGAUAACAUAAAGAUGGCAUUUAAAAAUAAUUGCUUUAAAAUAAAUAUUUAGCAAUUGUCACAAAAUUAAACAAGAAAAUCUGUUACCAUUGUCUUCUAGCAUAUUUUUUUCUCAGUGAUCUCAAGAUUGUCUUGGUUCCAGUGAGGGUUAGCUACUAAAAUGGCACCUCUCUUAGCAGUGAUGAGGCUCGGGAUAUCAACACCAAUGUCAGGAUAAAUAUCUCUUCUAAAGAUGAUAUUUCCCUUUUACAAAAGUGGGACAGUCUCAUACUACCUCAUCUUUAUUGUGGCGCUUUUGUAGAUCACUGAGAAGCUUAUCUUAUUUACCAAUAUAGCACUUCUAAAUGUCCAUCUUUGGUGAAAGAAAAUUAAUAGUAUGGUAAGGCUCUACCCAUAAUUAUAGUUUUUUAUCAGAAUUUGAUAUUGAGACUUUCUGUUUCUAUGAAACAAUAUUGUUUUAAAUAUUUUUCUUUUAAAAAUAACUUUUUAUCAAUACAGAAAAACUUAAGGAAUGACUAUCUAGUGAAUAUUCUGUUAAAAGGUAAUUUUAUAAAGAAAAAUGAAAUAUUACGUUGUCUUUUAUAAUGGUAAAAAAUUAGUAUUUAUAUGAAAAUCAAGAUCUAAGUAGCCUUUCGUAUAUUCAGACUGGUUGCUUGUGAUAUAUUUUCUCUGGCUUUCUUAUUUUUUCAACUUCAAGGUAUUGAUAGCUGUUAACAUUUUCAAAAUACUGCCAUUUAUAUAGCCUUGAAGUAGGUGAUCUAAUAAAUGAGAGCAGGAAGGAGACUCAUUUACGCUGAAACGGUUUGUAUUUUUUCCUUUGGUAUUUGCUACAGAAAAGAAAUCGGGAAAGUAGAAAUGCAAGAUUUGAGAAAGGAAUUGUUUACCAUGAAGGAAAAAGAAGAGUAAUAAUAAAUUUUUUAAAGCUUGAAGGGAUUGGAAUUUAGAAAGGUAAACCCUUUCUCUGACUUGUGGACACAUUUGGAAGAGCAUUCGGUAUUCAGAAACUUAACUCAUUAAAAAUGUAAUUACUGAAAUUAUGUGUAAGUAAAUGAGUAUAAGUUUUGAAAGGAACAAUGUGGGAAGAUACAAAUAUAUCUAAAUAUAUCGGGUUGGCCAAAAAGUUCG